ACUGUGGUGGUCGCGGCGGUUGAGAUUGCAUGAGUCUUCUGUGGUGUCUCCCUCCGUCCCUCCCUCCCUGCCUGGCUUCCCUUGCUGGCUGGCUCUCACUCGCUCACUGUGGCUCGAGAGGACAUGCGCCUUGUAAAACUCCCAUUACCAGCAUCCCAACCAGUAUGAAGGGCGGUAGAGUGUGUUAGUGCCUUGGGAAGCUUAAAGGCGCCUUGUAUCUUGGCAUGGUGGCACUCUUGGUUCUACUGUAGUGCUCGUGGUAAUUACUCUGAAGGUCCGCGUGCAGCACAAAGGAUUCCCAAUUAACAGUGAGGUUUCUGCGUUCUCUGAGUGGUUAGGUCCGCCUUUCGUCCGUCGCGCGAGGAGGCAAAGGCAGUGUAGCGCGGCGCCUGACUCUCAGUGUGUGCAUGUGACGGAGUUUUUCUCUAAGUUCUUUUUCAACUCCUUACAUUCCCUUCGCUUCCGCUCCUCUUGGUGUUCCCUCUGCCACCUACCUACGUACCUUCGUUCUUUCCUUCCUCUUGCUUCCUCCUGUCUUCCCUCCCAUUCCCCGCGUCUUUUUUUGGGACUUACACUCUUUCCUUCCCGUAAACUCUCUCUAUUUCCCUUCCUCCGUGUUUCCUUCGUCCCUCAACCGGUGCCUUUCAAGAUGUGGACUUUACAGCGACCGAACAAGGAGCCGGACAGAAAGUGGCGCCUGAACAAGGGCAACAAGUACUCGUCUCUACUGCGUCUCAACCACAAGAAGAACAAGGAAAACGAGGCCGUGGACACCGUCAUCAACUACCGCACGGUGGACAGACUCAACGACCGCGUGUCUGACCGCUUCAUUGACCCGCGCGCCGACCCCAGGUUGCUGGUCACCCCGCGCAUCGACCCCAGGGCAGAGGGACGGCUCCUCACGCCACCGAGGAUCGACCCACGCCUGGACGCACGCCUGGACGCACGCCUGGACGCACGCCUGGACCCACGCCUGGACUCACGCCUGCAGCAGUUGGACCAAGAAGUAGAGGCCACAGUCGCCGGCAAGGAGGACCUGAGGGCUGAGCCAGAGCCGCGGCCUCGCCCCGACCCUGAGGGAAGACUACCCCGCAUCGUGCCCCGCAUCGAGGCGCCCCUGCCCCGGGAGCCACGCCUGCGUGACCCCAGCAGGGACCGCGGCGCCGACCUCAAAGAGAAGCUCGAGGCGAGGAACGGAGGAGGUGGAGGAGGCGGAGGAGGAGGAGGAGCACGGCAGGAGGCGGAGGCGAAGGAACGCUACGUGGAGCGUUACCUGGAGCAGCUCUCCCGCGACGAGCCAGACAGCUGUGGCCCCGGACCCUCGCUGGAGAUGGUGUCGCGGCGCAAGAUCCUGGGCCGCUCCCAGGACAACCUGAACGUGGACCUCCCCUACGGCGAGGAGGAGGAGGACGUGUGGUACAAGAUGGACAAGCUGUACAAGGACCACAUCCAGGAGGUGCUCAUGAAGUGGGAGCAGAUUGACGACGAGAUCUGGUCCAAGGUGAUCGUGUUCGAGAGGAACCGCCGUGUGGCAAAAGCUUACGCCCGCGCCCCUGUGCUCACUGUCAAUGGCUCAGACGACGGCUUCGAUGGCUUCCGCAUCGGCCUGUGUGGUUUCGAGAACCCCAUGAGAGACCCGAGGACUGAGGAGAUCCGCCGCCAUAUUGGCCACGGUGUGAAGGUGAAGAUGGACGACCAGGGCAACAUCCUCAUCAAGCGCGUGUCUAAGGCUGGAGUGUUUGUCAAGGUUCCCAGCGAUGACAACGCCGUCAACAACGAUAUCCUCAGACUGCCAAAUUACGCCCUGGAGACUGACAAACCCGUCAUGCUGUUCGACAUCAACAAGUUCCAGCAAAACGUGAAACGGGAGAUGCGGCGCCAGUACCCGGACCGCUCCAAGCUUGAGUCCCAGUGUGUGUGUGUGAUCGCCUUUGUCAAGAGCGAGCCAGACCUCCUCGACUGCCCCAUCUGGGUCAUGAUCAUCAACAUUGUCGCCAUGGAUAUGCUCAAGAGUAAAUUCCCACCAGUGAAUGUGGUGCCCAACAUCAGGAACCGGCCCCGCAUCCCCCUCCCUGACGAGGACCCCUACAGUGUGGCAGGGUCCGGAGCCUCCUCGGGAUCCUCUGUCAAGGACCGCAAGGACAAGCCACCCAAGCUCCCCCCACGCGAUGCCCCAGGAUACCCCGGCCCUGUAUCCAGGUCCAACGGAAAGGCUGAAUAUGAUGCUCUUGAUGAAAAUGCCUUCAGGAAGAUUCAGUCCCGUAACAACAACAACAAGGCCAAGGACCGCAAAUAUGACGACCCCUACUACUGCGGGCUGAGGGCUCGCAUCCCCAACUUUGCUCAGUCCAAGUCGAAGGAUAAACAGGAGCCGCCCCGCGCCCAGUACCCCGUGCCAGCCCACCCCAUGUGGCACACCCGCAGCUACGACUCUGGCAUGGCUUUCUUGCAACAGAACCAAGUGCAAAAUAUUCACAGACUAGAGAGAAAUCCUUGUUCCUGGGUCCCGUCUGUCCCUAUGAGGAAUGACUCUGACUUCACUGAGUCCGCCUACUCACGCAUCUACGGCCGCCUUCCCCUCCCGAACCGAGGCUACCUACCCCCUCCCCCGCCCCACCCCCGUGCAAUGUACGUGGGGGAGUGGGACUGAAGGGGUCGGGGGAAGGGGUGGCCAAGGAGGUGACCAGAGCAAUGAGGGACUGCAAAUGCCCCCUUCCAGUCAUCUGCCUCUGCUGAGAUCGUGUGCCUGAGAUUCUGGCCACUUGAGUCUCGUCUCGUCUCGAUCUCACGGUGCACUGAGGAAGGAAGGAAGGACAGAAGGAAGGAUGGAAGGAAGGCUCGUUAAUGCCAUCAUCACUUUUCUCGUCUGUAUGAUUUUCUGACUUGAAAAUUACACUGACCAGAAAACCAUAUGAGUCAUGGUGAAUGAGGUGAGGUUUAGAUGUGCUGCAGACACACACAACCAUCAUGAAGGAAGAGGAGGAGGUGCAGGAGGAAGGUGGACCAGGGAAAGGAGCAUCCCUCACCUCCUCCUCCUCUUCACCUGCAGCACUCACUCGCAAGACAUGCAAUAUUUUCUCGGUGUCUGUAAAUAGGGAAUGAGCUGUGUUGGCAGAAGAGAUUGUGAGUGAUUCGGGCUCAACAUACACCCCCCCUCCCCCUACUGAGUGUGUACAGACUCAAUGGUGGUACACAUGUGCAUAACUGGUGGUGUGAGACUCGCCCUGGAGAAGACAAAGGCAAACACAGCACACUCCUGUCCAGGGCAAGUCUGUUUUUAAGAAUGUUUUCUCUUCAUUUUUUUUCCUCCUCAUAAGGUAAUAUUUGUUUCCAUUUUGCCUUUUUUUUUAUACAUAUUUAAGUUCAUUGCUCUUAGGGGGCUGUCUCCCCUUCCCCUGCUAUCCUGCUCGUCCAUUGUCCAGAAUUCAUGAAAACUAGUGUUGUUGAGUUCUUGGUGAGAAAACUUUCUCUCUCUCUCUCUCUCUCUCUCUCUCUCUCUCUCUCUCUCUCUCUCUCUCUCUCUCUCUCUCUAUGGCAGGCCUAGCUGAGACACUGACAGAGGGAGGGAGUGAAUCCAUAGCCAUCACAAGUUCAGCUUCAUUAACUUGUAUAUAAAUAACUGUAGAGCAGCACGGCGCUUCCCUGAUGCCUUGGGACUCACUCCUCCUCCCUCCAUGCGACACUGUAUUAUGCUUUUUUAUAUGUACAUUUUCAUCCCCCUUUUCAAAUUCUCCAUCCUCCUCUUCACUUUUAGGGUACUUUUAUGCAUAAUGAUUUGCAGACACUAUGGACGAAGUAUUUAUCGUUACUUGAUAAGAAUGAUCUAUGCAAGUCUUGUAAAGCGUGACUUCUCUCUGUUUUUACUAUUUUUGUAUAUUGCCAGGUAUUUUUUAUUGAAUUACAACUACUGAACUGUAACUAGUGUACAUGUGAUUAAAAGAAUUGAUAUUGUG